AUGGCUGGGGAGCAGAGUUUAAGUAUGGACUAUCAGGCCCUCCUUUCUAAGGGUUUAACCAGUGUGAAAAAGAGCCUUGACGCUGAACAGGAAGCAUUGGCUAAUUUAAGCCAUCAAUAUAAAACGGAUGAAUUUUCACAAAUCCAACUCAUGAAGUCUCUAGAUGUGCUUUUCGCCGUCAACAUGAAGGGAGGUAAAGUGGUGAUGUGUGGAGUGGGCAAAAGCUUCAAAAUCGCCUCCAAGUUAUGUGCUACGUUGAAUUCUCUAUCUAUCCAAUCGGUCACGUUACACCCGACCGAGGCUCUUCAUGGCGACUUGGGUAUUUUGAAUAACAGGGACACCAUAAUCAUGCUUACAGCAAGCGGAAAUACCCCCGAGCUUCUUGAUCUUCUUACCCAUAUCCCCGAAGCAAUCCCUAUCGUUUUGUUGACAUGUAAUAAAGAUUCAAAAUUGGCUACUCACCCAAAGACCAAGUCUUUAUUGUACACAGAAUUGGCUCCACAUUUGAGAGAAGAAACUAUUCACGGAGUUCCAGCUCCAACCGUUUCGGCGACCGUGGCGUUAGCAUUGGCAGACUCUGUGAUUCUUGCAUUAUCCGAGCUUAUCGAACAAAGCGAGUCAGCCAGAAAGAAGUUAUUCUCUAUAAAGCACCCAGGCGGGUCCAUUGGGGCCAAUUUGAGCCACUUGAACGAGAAUGUUAACUUGCUGAAUCCCAGAAGAAAGAUCCUGAAUUCAAGUUAUUCUUCUUUCUUGAGCCUCGAACAGGCCAGAAGUAUAAUCAACAAUUCUUCUGAUCCUUCGUCUUCGGUUUCUUCGGACGAUGAUGACAUCAACGAGAGCCAGUUCGACAGUACAUUGACACUAGAAAUAAAGGCAGCAAAAGAUUCUAAUGUUCAGAGACUCAAUAGUGCACAACUCCAAGGUCUUUCAGAGUUGGAGUUUGUUAAACAUUUGUUGACAGCAGAGUAUUUUGUGACCUCAAAUAAGGGAAAAGACUACGGAGUGGACGUUGCUACUUUGAAAAAGUCUUAUUUAAAACACAGCAGUACCGGGAGAAAGUGGGAAGAGUUCAGUUCUGGAUUGGAGCUGGAGUUCAAACCCCUUUGUCUAUGA